AUGGCCGCCCAAAUGUCAAACGGGACCGGCCCGUCACCGAAGCGCCUCCCGCUAGCCGAACUGCCAAAGACAUGGCACUACACAUCCUCUCUCCCCGCCGAUUCCCUCUUCCCCACGCCGGCCGAUUCUCACAAGACGCCCCGCGACCAAAUCGGUCCGCGCCAGGUCCGCGAAGCAGCCUUCACGUGGGUGCGCCCAGCUCAAGCUGAAAACCCGGAACUCCUUGCCGUCAGCCCCGCCGCGCUGCGCGAUAUUGGUAUCAAAGAAGGCGAUGAGGAGACAGAAGAGUUCAAGCAGACUGUUGCUGGAAACAGGUUACAUGGGUGGGACGAGGAGAAGCUGGAGGGCGGGUACCCUUGGGCGCAGUGCUACGGUGGAUUCCAGUUUGGACAAUGGGCCGGUCAGCUCGGUGACGGGCGAGCUAUCUCUCUGUUCGAGAUUAUGAAUCCCGAGACCAAGGUGCGGUACGAGUUGCAGCUGAAGGGCGCGGGUAUCACACCCUACUCGCGCUUCGCAGACGGCAAGGCCGUUCUGCGAUCCAGCAUCCGCGAGUUCGUCGUCUCGGAAGCACUUAACGCCCUCGGUAUCCCUACCACGCGCGCCCUUUCCCUUACACUCCUCCCAAAUUCCAGGGUCCGCCGCGAGACACUCGAGCCGGGCGCCAUUGUCCUGCGCUUCGCGCAAUCCUGGAUCCGCCUCGGCAACUUCGACCUCCCCCGCGCAAGAGGCGACCGCGCGCUUCUCCGCACGCUGGCAACUUACGUCGCCGAGGACGUCCUCGGCGGCUGGGAAGCUCUUCCGGCACGCCUGGAGAAUCCGGAUGAGCCGGCCAAGUCAGCGGAACCCAAGCGGGGCGUUCCGGCGACUGAGAUUCAAGGGCCGGAUGACUCGGCCGAGAACCGCUUCACCCGGCUCUUCCGCGAGGUUGCGCGGCGCAAUGCGCUGACGGUGGCCAAGUGGCAGGCCUACGGCUUCAUGAACGGCGUACUGAACACGGAUAACACCUCUAUCAUGGGUUUGAGCAUCGACUUUGGUCCAUUCGCAUUCAUGGACAACUUUGACCCGGCGUACACACCGAACCAUGAUGAUUACAUGUUGAGAUACGCCUACCGCAACCAGCCGACCAUUAUCUGGUGGAACCUGGUGCGCUUUGGCGAGGCGCUGGGUGAGCUCAUCGGCGCGGGAGCUGGUGUGGAUGAGGAUGUCUUCGUCAACCAGGGCGUCGAGGAGAGCCAGGCCGAGGUUCUCGUUGGACGCGCGGAGAAGUUGAUCAUGCAGGUCGGCGAGGAGUACAAGGCGCUUUUCCUAGCGGAGUACAAGCGCCUCAUGACUCUGCGUCUGGGCCUGAAGAACUUCAAGGACAGCGACUUUGACGAGCUGUUCAGCGGGAUCCUCGAUACGAUGGAGACGCACGAGCUGGACUUCAACCACUUCUUCCGCCGCCUCAGCUCCGUCAAGCUUUCCGAGAUCGCGGACGAAGAGGGGCGUCGCGAGGUCGCCGGCCGCUUCUUCCAUGCUGAGGGCGUGACUGACAAGGGACGCUCUGAUGUCGGGGAGUGGCUCGGCAAGUGGCGCGCCCGCAUCGUUGAGGACUGGGGCGAGGAUAAGGACGAGGAGAGAGUGAAGGCCAUGAAGGCCGUCAACCCCAACUUCGUUCCCCGCGGCUGGGUUCUCGAUGAGAUUAUCAAGAGGGUUGAGAAGGAUGACGAGAGGGAUGUGUUGAGGAGGGUUAUGCAUAUGGCUCUGAAUCCGUUCGCGGAUAGCUGGGAUAGCCAGGAGUUCGAGGGUAAGGCGUACAAGGGUGAUAAGCAAGAGGAGGAGAGGUGGAUUGGGGAUGUGCCCAAGCUGAAGCGGGCUAUCCAGUGCAGUUGCAGUUCUUAG